GAACCCAGACUGCAGUGUUCCUUGGAUGCACACGAGAUUUGUCUGCAAGAUAUCCAGCUGGACCCAGAUCGAAGCCUUUUUGAUCAAGGAGUGAAAACAGAUGGAACAGUGCAACUCAGUGUACAAGUAAUAUCUAGGCAAGCGCGGCCACCGCACAAGAUCAAGCGUCUGAGACCAGGGGCAGCCCUGCAACCUGUGCAGAGGGGCCCUGUGGCUGGAAUUGAAUGCAGAGAAAACCAAAGACCAGCCAUGCAGCUGAUCCUGACAUAGCCCCAGCUGGAAGUUCCCGCCUCUGGCACCGAGUGACCAUCUGCAGGCCCUGGGCAAGAUGUUAACUCUUUCAGUGCUUCAGUCGUCCCUUGAGAGAGAGAAAGGAACAAGAUGCAAGUAUGUAAAGGAGCGACAUGAAGACACCAAGGUCAGCGAAGAAGAAGUCAAGUCCCAGAUGGGAGGGAUGAGGAGAUGCCUUGGUCUUGGAGCUGAAAUACUUUUGUAAAGCUGUAGAGAAAAGACUGUGUUUCCCUGUAACACAUGAAAACCAUGGGGAGAUGAAGGGUGCAAUUUGAUAUCGAGCAAAGGCUUCCAUGCUAAAGGAUGGAGCCCAAGUUGAACAUCCUGGAAAUCGUGAAGCCUGUGGAGACCGUGGAGGUUGUGAUUGAUCCAGAUGCUCAUCAUGCAGAGGCUGAAGCUCACCUUGUUGAGGAAGCUCAAGUGAUAACCUUGGAUGGAGCAAAACAUAUUGCAACAAUUUCAGAUGAAACGUCUGAGCAAGUGACACGAUGGGCUGCAGCACUGGAAGGCUACCGGAAGGAGCAGGAGCGCCUUGGAAUACCUUAUGACCCAGUUCAGUGGUCGACAGACCAGGUGCUCCACUGGGUGGUGUGGGUAAUGAAGGAGUUCAGCAUGACUGACAUCGACCUCAAUGCACUCAGCAUUCCUGGGCGGGACCUCUGCAACCUCAGCCAAGAAGAUUUCUUCCAGCGUGUCCCACGGGGAGAAAUCCUCUGGAGCCACCUGGAACUUCUUCGAAAGUAUGUGUUGGCUAGCCAAGAACACUCUGGAGAAAUAGCAACUGUUACAAUUGAUCAGCCUGUGCAGAUUAUACCAGCAUCUGUACAGCCUGCUACCCCAACCACCAUCAAAGUGAUAAACAGCAGUGCAAAAGCAGCUAAAGUACAGAGAGCUCCAAGGAUCUCUGGGGAAGAUAGGAGCUCUCCUGGGAACAGAACAGGGAACAACGGCCAGAUCCAGCUGUGGCAGUUUUUAUUAGAACUUCUCACAGACAAAGAUGCUCGGGACUGUAUUUCUUGGGUUGGUGAUGAAGGAGAGUUUAAAUUGAAUCAACCUGAGCUGGUUGCACAGAAAUGGGGACAGCGCAAGAACAAGCCCACAAUGAACUAUGAGAAGCUUAGUCGGGCUUUGAGCCUGUCUCUCCUCUGUCUUUGGUCCUGCUGCUUAGGUCCCGACCCUCAAAAGUAUUACUAUGAUGGAGACAUGAUCUGCAAGGUGCAAGGCAAGAGGUUUGUGUACAAAUUUGUGUGUGACCUGAAGACUCUGAUUGGGUACAGCGCAGCAGAGCUGAACCGCUUGGUCACGGAGUGCGAGCAGAAGAAGCUGGCCAAGAUGCAGCUCCAUGGCAUUGCACAGCCAGUUACAGCAGUGGCACUGGCUACAGCAUCCCUGCAAGCAGAGAAAGAUAAUUAAACAUUGGGACCUGUAAGUGGGAACCCGAGGCCUUUCCUCUAUAAGCAGGAUAUAUAAGCAGUUGGAUCAAGCUCUUACCUUGAUCAGAAUUGGAAACGUCUUUUGUUUCUUAAUUGUACAAUAUAGAACAUGAAUUUCUAUAAAGAACUCAGACAUGCAUAAAUUUGGAUCUUUUAACAGCAUAUAUUUUAAUGUAAGUUAAAGGAUUACCCCAACUUCUGCAGCUAGUGAGAGGUGGAGCCCAUGACCACAGCUGUGCAAAGUAAUUUCUGCAACACUUCUAACAAAAAUUAAGUCCCUGUAGUCCCCAGGCUGAUCAGUUCUGUGAAUGCAGCCUUUUCCAGUCUUUUGUUCUCUGCUGAACUACCAAAUCGCAUUUGAUGCUUUCAAAGUUUACAAUAUAUUCAUUAUUCUGUUAAUCAAGUGGAGCUGAAAGACAUGUUAAAUGUUACAAAGCAUCAAGUUCUUAAAAUAGCUUCUGUGUUUAAAAGCAAAGGAAACUUAAGUUGAGACUUAACUGGAGAUCAGUGCUGAAGAAGAAGAUCCAGGUUUAGAUAUGGCUUAGGUGAAAAGCCAGUUAUGAGUAUUUCAUUGUAGUAUGCACAUAAUAUACAUAUAUGAGGGCAAAUACCUGUUUUGAGAUACAUACUUGAUAUUAGCCAUUUCACAGAAAGCAAAGGUGAACUUCUUCCCCCCAUGCCAUUCCCCAUCAGGUAAUUAAAAAACUUGAAAAAACAGCCCUCACCCAAAGAGUAGAUUGUUUUGGUGGGGAGUAUUAAUGCUGUGUUCUGCAAGGUGCUUAUACCUACAUGGUAGUUAACCUUAGUAUCCAAAGACUUAAGUUAAUCACAGUCAGUAGUCCCUGGUUAGGAACAGAAAGCAAAUUGAAAAUAGUUUUACAGAGAACUGUGGUUUCAUUUCCCAAUCAUUGUACAGUCUAACGUAUAUUAACUACAAAGAGGUACUUUUUAUUUAAAAUUAAAUUCUCUUUGAACUUCAAGUGAUAUUUUUAAAGCUACUUAAGCCAAAUGCAUGCUCCAGAGCUGGGUGCAAUUUGAAGUCUGGAUGUUGAGUCAGAAAUAGUUGGGAUGUAUCCUGAAUUCUGAGCUACUCAGUGCUUCUUGCAAACUUACACAUGCAGUAAAAAGUCGGCUUCAGCUUUUGAGUUUCCAUACUGGCAUCUCUUAGACUGCUUCUUUUGAUGUCUGAGAAUGGUAUGAUUUGGGGGUUGCUUUUGCCUCUUCCUGCUAAUAAACAGUAUAAUUACUAUGUCAGCAUUGAUGUUCACCAACUUUUUAUAAAUUAAACCCCCUCUGGUUACACUUAAUAAUUACAAGGGAAGACCUUUAAUUCUGUUAGGGAUCGAGCUACUCUUAAACCUUAAAUCUGAAGUCCUUGAACAGUGAGAUUCUGAACAAAGUGUGUUUGUGCUGAGCAGUGAGAGCACUGGGCUGCUGCUCUUGAGUCGAGCAGAAAUGGUUACACUUGCAGGCAGAAGGCAGAGAAUACAAAGACUUCAGUGUAUCCUAAAGAUGUGUUGAAGACAAGGGUUUUUUUGUAGGUGGAUGCUCAUCUGCAAAUAGUUUUUGCUUGACUAGAAGGUUUGCAUAUAGUUCUAACUUGUGUUUUUUCAUCAUUGACAUGAUUAUAAAAUCAAAGGUUUUUUGCUGGAUUAUUUCGGUAACUCUUACUGUUUUCUUCUUUGAGUUCUUACAGCACUCCAUCUGCUGAGCAUGCUGAUGUCAUUUUGCUUUCCAAAAAAAUUGUAAGCCCUGAGCAAAAAAUGUAAAUGUAUCUGUCAUGAAAGGUCAACAUCACCCCUUUUCUUGCUGUUAGAGUUGAUGUCAAGUGUUGGAGGUGUCUUGUGCAGGAGAUGCAGGUUUGCUUAACCAAGAAUUAUGUGAAGCUGAUGUUUGAGGGCAGCAAUUCCAUGCCUAAACACAAGUCCAGUACAAGUCAGUAGUUCUGGUUAGCAGAGUUCUUGAGAAGCCUUUUUAGUUAAAAUACCGGAUAAAAAGAAAAGAAGCUUAAAAUAACCAGCUUUCUAUAUCAAACUGGACUGUGGAUAAACACACAGCAAAAUUGAAAAGUAGUGUCAAUACUUCAUCCCCCUGCCUCUUCUUGUUACAUGGUAAGGCCAAUGGGGGAAACUUCUGCUCCCAUCCUUUGUGAUUGCAUCCUGUUGUUGCUCUGCAGCCUUUCGGUAGGAGUAAAGGUCCUUGGGGUUCUUUGUUGUGGCUCCAUCUGCUUUUCCACCAUGUUCUAAUUAGUAAAGAAAGAACCUUUCAAGUGGUAUAAAAUUAUUAUCAUACUGUCUGUAGUUGAGGGAGAAAUCUGUGACUAACUUGAUGUCUUCAGUAAAACAAAAAAUGUAGAAUAUAUUGUCAAAGGAUUUUCUGUUGCUGCCAGAAGGAAAACAUAGAAUAUUCCCAAUUUUUGUAAAACAGAAGGGGUUUUGCAUACUUUUUACUCUUUAAAUAAAGACACUUGUACUCUGCUAAUUAUUACAAAUUUCUUUUGUGUUUUGCUUUUUUUUUUUUUGUAAUUUUCCAUGAAACAAUUAUUUUCUAUUUUUACUCGGAUAAAGUAUUUGUGGAUAAAAUGUCAAUAUAGUAAAAUAAAAAUGUUAUACAGCUAAUUUGCCUUCUUAAUUUUUCAGACAUUUGUAAUGUCUUUCAGGGACAAGCAGUUCAAAGAUACAUACCUGCCCUUUAUUCUCUUUUCUCUUAAAGUCAGAAGCUCAGUACAGAAAGAAGGCAAACUCAGCUUAUAUUCUGAAGAUGCAUCUUCUUUGACUCAAUAUUUGCCUAUGUGUUUCUACUUUUAAUCUGUAACUCAGUGUCCUUUUUUUCUGUAGCAGCUUCCUUUAACAUCUUAAUGGUAAAUCUCAGAAUGGUGCUUAGAUGAAACAAAUGAUGAAAACUCAGUAGUAGGACAGAAUGGAGCCCUGUGAAAUUAUUCUGUUUAUGCUUUUAUCAGUGUUUAAAUCAGAAGGGUUCAUGUUGACCUGUAAAUUUUGGACUUUUUCAUUCCUGCAGAUGGCCCCAUUUACUUCAUGUGGCUCUGCUAACAAAACUGCUAGUACUGUCCAUAUUAAAAACAAGAUAAAAUUC